AUGGCGACUGAACGGGUCCCACUCGUUGCGGCUGUUGCCGACGCAGAAGCCGCCAUCGAAGAUGUGGAUGCUACCACUCUUGCCAUUGCAUAUACGGUACGUUUGGAUGGGUUGAAUUAUCGGUCAGCUGGUCAGCAAUGGGCACCGCUUUGUGGCAAACCAUGGGAAUACCGCGACAUUGAUGGCUCGGUCAUCUUCGACAGAGAAUAG